AUGAGAUUCUGGAUUUUGUCUUUUUUAAAUGCAGCCCUUAGUCAAACAAUCACGAGAAUUCCUACAACAGACACACCACCAGAAGAGAGACAAUAUCAUGUUCUUGAUUUCUAUCAAAAGGGUAACUGUCUGAUUACUUUUGGAGGGAAUCAAGGAGUAUCCAAGAUAUAUAAUGAUGUAUGGCAAUUCUCUUUUGAAGAUUAUCGCUGGCAUGAGCUUCAAGCUGCUUCUCAAAUAACUCCUUGUAAGCGAUAA